UCGCUAGAACGCCUGGCCUGGCAAGAGAACACACAGCUGAGGGGACUUUACAGAAGGGAAAAUUUAGUAACGUCGUGGCUUCGGUGAAAGCAAGUCGUAAAAAGGCAGGUUUUCGGUGACGCGGUUCGCGCGCGACGGGAUACACACAUUUCGCGAAACUUCUCGCAAGGAUACCUUUCGUACGGAGCACGGGAUUCGAAUUUCCAGGGGGUUCCUUUAAAAGUUGCUCCACUCAUCGAUUAGAGAUAAGCGCGGAAGGCUCCCAAGUUCCUUCCGGCAGCUCGUAACCGGAACACGUAAAUUGGCAAAUUAUGUGAAAUGGUCUUCCGGAGACGCUGUUGUUGUUGUUGUGGUGGUCCUUAUCGGGCAGCCCGGGGUGGUUGAGUCUCUGGUUAUCGAUUUGGCCCCGAUUCACGCGCGCGUCAACGCUGGACCCCCCCAAGGGGAGCCUUGUUACAUCAGCUUCGCCAAUCAUCUCCCGCGAGGCGGGAGCAAGCUUCACCACCUCCAUGGUGUGAGUGUGUUCGGCAAUGCCAGCCAGGAAGAAGUUCUUUGAUUUAUCUCUCGGCAAUUUGCGCACCCGUGGCAAGUGCGGGGGUAUGAAGUAAAAAAAAAAAAAACAACCAAAACUUCACAACUUCGCCCUGGCGAAGCCCGACACCGCAUCGAAACGUCGACGGGGUCGAUGAUUUAUCUCGCGAAACAAGUGUGAGUGUGUGUGUCGGUGAGUUAUGGACGGCCCACCCAAAAAGUGAGCGGCGAGUGCGUGCGUGCGUUCGUGUGUUUUAAAGGGGAAGAGUUGAAAUUAAUUGGAGAUUAAAGCUAGCUGGUGGUGAUCCAGAAAACGUCAAAUUUGGGUUGAAAGUGAAACGCACGCAGGAAGACAAGUCCGGCGUGUCAAGGUGGAUAGAGCGGAGACCUCCGGUGAAGAGAUCGCGCCGUUUUUUCCUAACUUCAACGGAGGAGUAUUUUGACAGCUGACAGACGAGCGCUCCGAAAAAAAAAAGUUCGUGCUGAUGUGAGUUCCUUAGCUGCAAAACUACAAUAGAUUUCGUUAGAGCACAUUCAGUAACCGCUCUGAGAACAAACAACAGGACCACGUGGCGCGCAGGUGCUUAACCCAGUGGAAAAUUGCACGCUGCCGUCUUGUACACGUGAGACAGUUGUGAGGAUUUCUGCUGAAUACCGUCGUAGUCGUCGUUAUUUUUGAGGCUUGGAGUUGAGGUUGGCGCUCUGAAGAAAAAAAUGAAGCCCCGAAGGAAAACUUGAAAAGUGAACCCGGGAGAGUGUGCGGGGAGGUUUGGAAGAAAAAGUGUUUUUCCGCGAUUGGAAUUUGGAGCAAAAAUAAAAAGGAAAACCUUAGAGCUCAGUGAGUUGUUGUGGUUGGGAGUGAGAAAUUUAAGAAGGGGAAAAAAUAAAAAUAAAAAUUAAAUCAUGUCAAGUGGCCAGGUGAGGUGUGGCCAAGCGCCACCGGGUUUGGUUUACUCGCUGGCGGUGGCCCUUGUGGUACUGACCUCCAGCACUGUCCUGGGGGCCCACUGGGACCACUCAGUGUUCCUGGACGGGGACUACCGGCUGCUGUGGAGCAUCUCCGGCAGUGACAUCACGUUCGAGGUGCAGGUUCGGACGCACGGCUAUAUCGGGCUGGGCUUCUCCAAGGACGGCACCAUCUACGGGGCGGACAUCGUCAUCGGCUGGGUCGACGUGGGACAGGUGCACUUUCAGGAUCGCCACGUGAAAAAGAACGGCGACGGCCAACCGGUGGUGGACUCGUCCCAGGACUACGUCCUGCUGCUCGGCUACGAGAACCAGACGCACACGGUGCUGCGGUUCAAGCGGAAGUUGGACACCUGUGACGUGGCGUACGAUGUGCCGAUAACGAACGACACCAUGCGCGUGAUCUUCAUGUACCACGACGAGGAACCGCACGGGUCCUCGUACACGCCGGGCAGCCUGCCCGAUCCGGCCGAGGCCUUCAAGCAGGCCCGGUCACUGUUUCUGACGCAGCGCGUGAACCAGGCGCCAAUCAAGCUCGACGCCCGGAUGAAGAUCAUGGAGCUGCGCAAUCAGGACGUGGAGUUGCCGCGGGCCGACAACACCCUGCACUGGUGCAAAAUGUUCAAACUGAGCGAUAUCAAUCGCAAACAUCAUCUGAUUAGGUACGAGCCGGUGUUUGAUUCUGCCUCGAGUGUGCCCUACCUGAACCACAUCAUCCUGCACGAGUGCCAGGGCUCGUCACCGGAGCUGGAGAUCAUGUCGCGGGAAAAUGGGCGCCCCUGCUACCAGGCGGACCGCUCCAUCCUGACCUGCAACUCGAUAGUGGCCGCGUGGACCCGCGGUUCGGAGGGUUUUUCAUUCCCAGCCGAGGCCGGAUAUCCGCUGGACUCGAACCAGGCCCGGUUCUACCUGAUGGAGACGCACUACAGCAGCAGCUUGGAGUUUGAGGAGAACUCGGCGAGCACCGUCAAGGGGAAGGUCAUGGUGGACAACUCCGGGCUGAAGAUCUACUACAGCAGUGCGUUGAGGAGUCACGACGCGGGGGUGCUAUCGGUGGGGAUGGACCCCAACUGGAGGCACAUCAUCCCGCCGGGGCAGGAACACGUGGUUUCCGAAGGGCACUGCGUUGGUGAGUGCACCCAGAAGGCGUUCCCGCGGGAUGGGAUCAACAUUUUUGCGGUUAUGAUGCGAACGCACCAGAUUGGACGGCAGAUCAAGCUGAGGCAGAUUCGGUACCGGGAAGAACUGCUGCCGAUUGCCCACGAUACCAACAUGGACUACAACUACCAGGAGUACCGGAGGUUGAACUCUCCGACGAGGGUUCUACCGGGGGAUCGCUUGAUAGCGGAGUGCAUCUACGACAGUUCCAACAGGGCGGCGAUCACCUUGGGAGGUCUGACGACCCGCGAGGAGACCUGCCUGGUACUGACCUUGUACUACCCAAGGCAGAAGGAACUGACCACGUGUCACUCGUUGCCCAGCUUGCCGACGGUUCUGCACUCGUUGGGCAUCAACGAACUGGUACCUGGUUCCAACCCGGUCCAGAUCGCGUCCCCGACGGCGCUGGCCGGCAUGACGCUCGAGACGCGGCUCAUCUCGUACGACUGGCGGCACAACUUCAAGAGCUUCCAGUACGUGACGCGCAAGGGGUCGUUCAAGCCGCUCUGCUGGAGCGCGAAGAACCAGCCGCUGGCGGGCACCGAAAGCCUGGACGGAUUCGCCCCCAACAUCACCAAGUCGUACAAGCUGCCCAAGAGCUGCAGCUUCCGCAACAAAAACAGCGGCGGCAAACACGGCGGCCCCAACCUGGCCAACGUGUACUUCCAGAACAGCCGGAACCGGUACGUGACCGAGUCGGAAUCGAGCGUCGGUCAGUCCGGCCUGAGCGACUCCGAUCUCGAUCCGGACCAGCUGGACGGGGGGCUGGACAACAACGUGAUAGAAGGUGCUGCGCGGAGCAAAGUGUCGCGCAGCUCGGCCACGGAAUCGAUGGGCCUGGCCCGCGGGAGUUCACUGCUGGUGGCCACCGGCGGUCUGCCGGUCCAGAUGGUGGCGUACUUGCUGUUUAUCAUCUUCCUGAACUCGUUCCGGAUAGCGACGGUGGCGGAGGUGUAGGGCGGGGGUGGACUUGAGGGGGUGGUCGGUUGAGGAGGUUUCCAAAGUUCUUUUCUUUUUUUUUGUCGCAACUUUUCUACCCUUUUCUUAGGUUUUUUCAGCUUUUUUGCUGAGGAAAGAGUCCAAGACGCGCCCCGGUUGGCGAAGAGGGUAGAAAAGUUUAGAACCAUUUAUUGCGCAUUUUGCACUUUACUAGAGUCUUGCGCAAUUAUUUUCAUCACAGUAUUUUUUCAUCACAGUGAUUUUUCUUCACAGUGAUGACGAUGAUAUCCGUUGCUAUGGCAGGCUGUUUAUUUAUUUAUUUUUGGAAGUUCAGAAAGCUCGUCCAGCCCAGAGAAAGUGUGUUCCCACUUGUUCCGACUGUGGAAUCGCGGUCUUUGGUGCCGGGAUGCAGUGGUGUUGCGCCGGCAUCUUGGCUUGCGGUGAAUCUUUGGAGUCAAAUAACGGCUGAUGGCUGUUGCUGCUUCGAGCAGGAUUCCGUCGAGCGGGUGUUGCUGGGCUUCCGCGCGGCUUGGCGUCUUCUCUCAGUGACGGUAUCGGCCAACCCAGCUCCUAGCUGAUCUGGUUAAACCGAGCGAGGAACCUCCUCGACGAUGAUGGCGCGUUCCGCGCCAGAGGUGAAGAUGGUCCACGCCAGAGAUGAAGAUGGUCCGCCAGAGGUGGAGAUGUAUGGUGGACGUUUUGAUGCAGGCAAU